CCCGACAUCAUCUGCCUGCAGGAGCUCGACAACUUCACUUUCCUUUCCAAAGAGCUGCAGAAGCUCGGGUAUGCCUGCAGCAGCACGGAUGCCGAAGCCUACGUCCCUCUUAAGGAUCGGACUGGAUCGACCUACAGCGAGAAGCUCGCCUCCUCGUCCUGGGCCUUCGCUCCCAAAACCGGCUUCAAGAAGGGCAAGAGCACGGCCCGGCAUUUCUUGGAGAAGCGCGUGGCAGACGGUACUGGUGUGAAAGCGCGGUUCCAUGGGCAAGAUGCGUGGCCAGUGGACGACGACGGGCAAGCGAUUUUUUGGCGAGCAGAUCGUUUCCAGAUGGUUGGCAAGCCUGAGUUCCAGACUUUGCCGGGAGAUCCGGACAUCGACGCCUUCGUGGAGGGCACGUCCGAAGUCCCAGGAUUUGCGACAGCGGAUCAGGCUGCAGUGAGGGUGCUCCUGCAAUUCAAAGAAUUGGACGAGCGACUGCGGCGGCAGCAAUUCUAUGUAUGCACUACGCACCUGUCCAGCGGAACGGACAGCGAAGUCCGGCGAAUUCAGCAGCUGCACCACUUGGGCCAAUGUUGGGGUCGCAGCGGUCUGCCGGAGAUUUGGUCCAUGGAUGCGAACACCGAGCUAGACUUCGAUGACGCGGACAUGACCUUCGGGAGUGUCGUGCCCAUUCCGGAAGAAGCCAAUGCGCUGCAGAGCUUCAUGCACAACAACGAUUUGCGAAGCAUCUGGGAGGAGUUCUACAGCAGUACGCGUGACAUGUGGAACCCACCCGUUUCCGUGUGGAAGAUGCGAGGGAGUGCUUCUGCACAGCCGAAAAAGGUCGGCGAGGACAUGUACCAGCUCAUUGACCACAUCUUCUACGAUGGUCGCCACCUCUUCCAGCUUGGUGAGCAGGCACUGCGUCUCCGAGAGAAGAAGACGGAUGAUCAUGCAGACCGCGACUGGCUGGCACUAAUGCCUAAUGAGCUUCUCCCGUCAGAUCAUCUUCCCAUCGUGUGGGACUUCCAACUGCAAAUCAAGAGCCCGCGCAUCGAGUCGACCGUGCUUUUGAGCACCGCAGAGCAGCUUUUCAACCAGCUGAGACCCUGGCUAAAAGCAGAUGAUGAAACCCUUAUCGAGAUCGAGGCAUUGUUUAAGCCUCUGUAUUUUGCAGGCGCACUGACAGCCAAAACAGAGCUGGGGCAGCUUCCUGAUGCUGCCAUUGACAUCUUCCAUGCGCUCAAGAAGAUCGCUGACGAGGCAAAGGUCGUACUUAGCUACGAGCUGGUCUACGGCACGUCCAAGUUGGAGGACUUCCGCGAAAGAAUCAUUGCGGCCACCGGCCGUCACCAGUCAAAGGCGACCUACGAAUGCUGCUUGGUGGAGGCUCUCCUCUUCUCUGCCGCGGCCGUGGUCGCCGCCGGCCAGUGGGUGGGGACGCAGCUGCUCGGAGAUGUCCGAAAUUUGAUCACCUUGGCUGCGAUGCGCUGCAUCAUGAGAACUUUCACGGCCGUGCCGAAAGCAGAUGAGCAAUGUGUGGAGAUUAUGAGCAAGGGCCAGCUUUGGGCCCUCCUUGCCCAGCUCACGAGCACCAUCGCACCAAGCUGUCAUCACAUGGUGGUCGCUUUGGACAACGAUGGCUUGGUUGAUCCGAAAGACAUGAACGGGCUGCUGGGCGAGAUCGGCGAGCAGCUUGCUUCCAGGAGAACCUGCAAUGGUCCCGCACUUUGUGUCCUUCGGUGCAUAAACUGGAGGCAGUGCGCAACAGGAUCGCACGUGGCAGCUGCCGUGAAAAUGCUUUUCCAGGCAAUCGAGUCAGGCAAAAUACCGUUCUUGGAGCAGCACAUGAGCAACGUUCCGGAGGAGCCGCCGGCGGGCAGCGCAUCGGAUGCCAUCAAGUUGCUUCGAACCGGAAGCAACAGCCCGAAGCCAUCGCUGCUGAAGAACACCCCCCUGGAGUUCUUGCACAAGCAGACCUUUGAUCAGUCUGCCGCCAUUGCCGCCUUGUCCGCCCUGGCCAUGUCGGGGAACCUCGACUCGGGGGGAGGCUUAGCUCUGAUGCUGGAGUCCCUCCAGCGCCAGAUUGCCCUGGUCCAAGGCAGGCAGCCAGGUGCCCGAGCGCCAGGCCAGGGCCUUGAGACGACCGCCUCCCUGGGUGGUGGCCUCCUUGGAGCUUCAUGGGUUUAG